AUGGCCGGCUGCCACGACGUGAUGCUGCUGCUGGACACGGCGGGCGGCGCGGCCGGCCAGGGCCCGGUGCGGCGGGCCGCCCUGCGCCUGCUCACGCACCUGGGCUGCCGCUUCGGCCUGGCGCGGGUGCGCUGGGCCUUCAGGUUCUUCGACUCGCAGGGCGCGCGGUCCGGGCCGUCGCGCGCGUCCGACUUCCGCGAGCUGGGCGCCCGCGCCUGGCAGGAGCUGGAGGCGGCGCUGGCGGCCCGGCUGGCGGCGGGCGCGCCCGGAGCCCACCUGCCGGGCCCGGCGCCCCGGGCGGCGCACACGCGCGGCGCGCUGCUGGAGGCGCUGCUGGACUACGAGUGGGACCGGCCCGACAUCUCGUCGCCCGCCAAGCCCGCGCUGCGCCGCCGCGGGGCCCGGCUGCUGGACGUGGAGGGCGAGGCCGCGGCCGCGCUCGGGGGCUUCGCCAACGCCGUCUUCCUGCUGGCGGCCUGUCCGCACUCGCGGCGGGAGCUGCUGCAGUUCGCGUCCGGGGGCCAGGCCCAGGCGCGGGGCCGCCGCCAGCCCGCCGCGCAGGUGAUGGACUCGCUGCUGCCCAGGAGGGUCCAGGAGGUCAUGAUCGCGCGCAGGAUCACCCUGUACUGGGUGGACACCACCGAGCGGGCCCGGUUGUGGGAAUCCCCAGACCACCUUGGGUACUGGACAGUAUGUGAACUACUCCACCACGUCGGGGGUACCAUCUUGCCGUCUGAGACCUUCAGCCAGGAUUUUGCCAAAGCUGGAAGGACUCCGCACGGCAGGAAGCUGCCACAUGAGCCUCACCUCUCUUCGUGGCUUUCGGUUCUGCCAGCUGAUUCCACACUAAACCGUUUGCUCCAUCAGUCGCCCGAGUAUGAGGCCUCGUUUCCUCGGGUGGAAGGAACUUUGUUUCUCCCUGUUGCAGGCAAAGAGAGUCAAGAGACAUGGGCAGUUAUCUUGGAGCCCUUGGCCAUGCAGCAGAGACAUUUUCAAAAGCCAGUAAGGAUUUUUCUAAAGGGCACAGUGGCCCAGUGGUCUCCGCCAGCAAGCAGCACCUUGGCCACUGACAGCUGGAUGCUGCAGAUCCCAGAGGAGGACUCGGUAGCCAAAAGGGGGUUGUUCCAGCAGCUGGUGAGCAGGCUGACUGCUGAAGACCUGCAUCUGGUUGUCAAUGUGGACCCUGGUGAGGGCUGGCCCCCUGUCACUGGAGUUAUUUCCCCACUCUCUGUCAACGCUACAAUCCUCACUGUGUUCCGCACCGAGGAAGCCCAAUUCCAAGGACAUUUUCUCCACACGCUCGAAGCAGAAAGCUCCCAGGAUACAGCUUCUCUUUUCUCCAGUGUCUUAGACGAUGUGUUGAGUAACAGUCACAGUUCACACGAAGAUCCUGCUGCUUCUGCCCCUCCUGUUCCAGAGUGGGCCCAGCAGGAGCUGCGCCGGACCACGCGCUGGAGCCCUGCUGUCGUGGAGAGCUGGUUCCCGUGCUCCAACCUCAGCGGCGCCAGUUCAGACCUGAUGGAGUCAUUUUGGUUACUGCAGGCUGCCUCGUCCCACAAGGAGGAGUCUUCCGCAGUCGACAGUGAAUUCACACGGUGCCUGUCUGAGCUCUACCAGCGGAGGUCUCGGGAAGAUGCCACCGUGACCAACCAGGAGGACAGCAGAAAGAAACGAGGCGUCCCUCGUACUCCAGUGAGGCAGAAGAUGAACACCAUGUGCCGUUCCUUAAAGAUGCUGAAUGUCGCCAGGCUGAACGUAAAGGCUCAGAAGUUGCAUCCCAACGGCAGUCCAGAGGCCAGUGGGGAGAAAGGCACCCUGAAGAUGGCCAGUGGGAGAGCAACUGAUAGAUUGGAAGGCAGAGGGAGGGUGCUGAGGAGCUCCAAAGCUAAAGAAUUUAAAACUGAGGAGGAGCUACUAUCUUACAUACAUGAAAGUUACCAAAAGACCGUGGCCGCAGGGGAAAUUGCGCUGUAUCCAUGUGCUCAGAACAUGGUCUCCACCAUUAAAGCGUUCCUCAAGUCCACAGGCACCCAGGGACUAGAAGUGAACUGCCUGAAUCAAAUAAAAAAUAACCUCUUAAAGACUAGCAAAAGUCUUCGACAGAAUAUAGGGAAGAACCUGGAUAAAGGAGAAAAAGUCAGAGAGUGCCAGCUCCAGGUGUUUCUUCGUCUGGAGAUGUGUCUGCAGUGCCCUUCAGCGCAGGAACACGCGGGUGACGCGGAGCAAGUGGUGAAAGAGGUGGCGGAUCUGUUGCGCAUAGUGUGUUUGACAGAGGACUUAGCGUACCUGGCCGGCUUUCUGGAGGAAAUUUUGGGAUUGUACAUUGACUCCAUCCCAAAGACACUCGGGGAGCUUUAUGACAGCCUCGGCUUAGCCAUCCCUCAGAAGCUGGCCAGUGUCCUUCCUGCCGACUUUUUUAGUGAUGAUUCCCUGACACAGGAGAGCAAGUCACCCCUUCUUUCCGAGCCUCUCACCUCAUGUGCUAAUAGGUCAGUGUCGGCCAGCACUGAAUCGGACCAGCUGGAGGAGCUGCGCACCAGAUCAGCCAAGAAGAGGAGGAAAAACGCAUUAAUAAGACAUAAAAGCAUUGCUGACGUUUCACAGACUCUUCGGCAAAUUGAAAUUCCCAAAGUAUCCAAGAGAGCUACAAAAACUGACAGCUGUCACCCUGCCCUUCAGCAGCCUCCUCUCCCAGGGAAAGAAGCCGUACAAGAAAUGACCAAAGUUCGAAGGAAUCUCUUUAAUGAGGAAAUGAUUUCUUCUUCGAAGAGAUCACAAAAGCAGGUGUUGCCUAGAAGCCAAUCUGUGUCCGCUGUGGAAGGUCUGCAGUAUAAACCUGACAACUUCAAGAAGACCAAAGGUUAUCACAGACUGCUGACGAAGAGUGUGGCCGAGACCCCUGUACACAAGCAGAUGUCCAGGAGGCUGCUUCACAGGCAAAUCAAGGGCAGGUCCUCUGAUCCGGGGCCUGAGAUUGACGUGGUUGAAGAGUCCCCAGAAAAAGGAGACCAUGAAUUAGGUUUGAGACGAAGUCCUCGAAUCAAGCAGUUGUCGUUCAGCAGGACAAAUUCUGGUUCCUUCUAUUCUGUGUCUCAGCCCAAGUCUCGAAGUGUGCAGAGAGUUCACUCAUCCCAAGACAAGUCAGAACAAAGAGAAAAUUCUCCAUUUCAAAGUAUUCGGUCUCCCAAGAGGCUUUUUUUUGGGGCUGUGUCUGAGGUGAUCAGUCCUUCAGAGAAGGGUUCAGCCCGAAUUAAAAGGCCUUCACGAAACACGCCUGGGUCUGACAGACCUACAGCUUAUCAGACGCCUAAGAAGACGUCCCGAAAAUCUCCAGGCUCUUCUAAAGCAACACCAAGAAGGUUCCCUCGUCCACCACAGAGCCCGCUGUGCACCCCCGAGAGGCCGCAGAGACCCCCUGCAGAAGUGACACCUGCCAAGCAGGCCGGUUGUAAGGGGUCUUUGAGAGACUCCUCCCCGUGUGGCUGGGGUGCACCAACUCAGCCAAAAGUUACCCCUCAGAGCGGAUGCUCCCUGGCAGGAGGAACUGCCUCUCCUCUGGAAAAGACGACACCAGGAACUCCCCAUGGGCCAGGGGCUCGCCCGCUUGGCUGUCUGCAGAAUCCUGUGUGGCCAUCUUGCCCGAGCCCCAGUCCAGAAGGCACCUUGGGCCCGGCAGCCCCCUUUCUGUCAGCCGCUGCCACUCCCGUCAGAUACGCCCUUAGAACGCCCCCGAGAGCAGCUACCUUGGGGGUGCAGGGACAAGCUGCCUGCACAGGCACACCUCUGAAUCAAAUGCACCCACAUCCCCCUGUCCCCGGAGCUUCUCAGGCAGAGGAGCCAGCACAGACAUGGGAGGACAAGAGUGUCCACACCCCAAAGGGACCAGGAGACACAACUCUGACUUCUUCCCCACCUGGCUCUCCAGAGAACCCUUCUUUGGGCGAUGUUCCCUGGAGGAGUCCACACAGGGAGUCGGUAGCGCCUCCGGCCCCCGGAGACCUGGCUGGGAAAGGGCCCCACACAGCGGGCAGCGCAGCCCAUUCGCUCUCCUGUCCUGCACCCUCAACUCCCCCCCGGAUCUCCCAGAACCCUGACUCUGACAGUGUCCCUCCGCUGCCCCCAUCUAAAUGGGGGAAAAGGCCUCGAAGGGUGUGUAAUCCCACGAGAAGGUUCCUGGAGCGCGCCUCAGAACCCGCUGCUGCUCCCGCGGUUGCUGUCACUGACGGCCCGGCUGCUGCCGGGGGCGCUCUAGAGGCCCUGGCGGAAGCCAGCCCCUCGCCUCAGCCUGCUCCGCAGAGGCCUGCUUCCUCUGGAGCCCGUUCUGGGAGCGGCUGGCCUGCAUCCCCACCACCGCGGAUUGCCGGUGACACGGAGCCACUCACGCUCCUGGACGAAGCCGAGCCCGGUGCCCACGAUGGCAUGGAAGGGAGUCUUUCGCCGGCGGAAGGCCAGGGGUCCAGCGUGGCAGCUGCCGAGAAGACUUAUCUGUCCAGCCGGGGGCGUCCCCCCUCUCCUUCCACAGGGCCCAGCUCCCCACGGACCCCGUGCGGGGCCUCAGACAGAAGGUGGUGCCAGCCUGCCUCGCAGCCGGGGGGCUUGCCGGCCGCGGUGUCCAGAGCCCCCGCCAGCCCGCAGACCUACGCGGUGGAGCUGGAGAUGCAGGCCUCCGGCCUCCCCAAGCUGCGGAUUAAAAAAAUUGACCCCAGCUCCACAUCAGAAGCCGAGCCCCCAGGAAGCGGGGAGCACGCCGCGGGAGAGGAGAGCAGCCUCCCCGGCCCCAGCGCCCCCAGGGGCAGCAAGUUCUCCAGCAAACCUGAACCCACCUACCUGUCGCCCCCCUGCCUUCGGCCCUCGCACAGCACCCCCGGCAAAGGUGGGGGGCAGACCUACAUCUGCCAGUGCUGUACCCCCACCCACUGCCCCACCAGUACCCCCUCACCCUUCCACACAGACAUUGGGGUUCCCUGGACCCCAUCUCCGAAGCACAGCGGCAAGACGCCCCCCGACCCCAUCAAAGACUGGCCACGGAGAAAGAGGGCGGUGGGCUGCAGUGUCGGCGCCAACGCCGGGAGAGGCGAGGCCACCCUGGAUUUUCCCGGGGGCAUGUUGAUGUUCCAGCCCGAGGGGAAGGAGCCCCACCUGGAGUUCAGCGUCACCAGGACUCCCCUCUUGGGGGAUUUUGAGCUUGAGGGAGUGUGCCAGCUGCCAGAGCAGUCGCCUCCCUGGGAGGGGAUGCCCAGGGUAGAGGAGGCCGCCUGGGGCCUGUUCGGGUUGGGGUCCAGGAAGAGACCCCUUUCUGCCAAGGAGGAAGCCGAGGGCCAGGCCAAGAGGGGGUGUGGUCCGCAGGGAGAGCUCCAGGAAGCCCGCAGGAGCGAGGACGGGCCCCAGGGUGCCAGCGCCUGGCAGCUGCCCACUGCAGGGGACGACGACGUGUUUGCUUCAGGUUGCACCCCGCCCCCCAGCUGCAGCGUGGGGAGUGGCCUUUCUGCCAGCGGGCUCCAGGCGCUGACCCAGUCUCCGCUGCUCCUCCAGGGGAAGGCGCCCGCCCGGCGCGGCGACGCCUCAGACGAGGAUGCAGAUAUCUUCCCUCCUGUGGCAGAGGAGUCCCCCUUGAGCCGAGCCUUCUCCAGGCGGCGCCCCAUCGCGAGGACUUACACACGCAAGAAGCUCAUCAGCUAGCUGGGGGGAUGCCGCCAGCCGAGCACAGCACUAUGCGCUGCCCCAGGGGGGCUCCAGCCCUCCAGCCGGGCCCUGCUCUGCGUCAUCGGCCAGGACUCUGAUGGCUGCGGGAGCACUGAAGAUGGAGGUGAAGUCAGCCAGGGCCCCGCGGACAUGGAGAGAUGGGGGCCUGGCCCCAAGGCUUGUUGACACAUCAGCUUUCAGGACCCCCUGAAAGCCAACCUGUCGGGAGCUGGAGGUUGGGCUGCAGGUGGAGCCCACCCAGCCCUGCUGUGGGCGUGACCUGGGCAGGUAGGAGGGCAGAGACCACCCCAGGCAGCUUCCCACUGGCUGCCCUCAGGCGGGACCCCGGGACACGCUGUGCUCUUGGACUCCGCCCUGAGAAGCCAAAGCCUUUGUGGGCGACAGGAGCCAUUUCUGUUGCAGCAAUAAAGUCCCUCUGGCUCCCCGGCCUCAGGUGUGUUUCUGUUCAGCUGCGCCCUGGCGGCUGGCUGGAGGGGCCGGGUCUGGAGGCCGCGCUGCCCGGGCCGUGGGGGCCGUCUCCAGACCACCUCACCUGCCGUGUUCCCGAAGCCGACUCCUGCCUGCUGGUACAGCAAACCCAAGUGGACGCUCCAUUUCUCCCUUUAGAGACUGUACUUGUUUAUUAUAAAAUGGUUUUACAAAAUCCUAAAAAUAUGUACUGCCCAGUUCCGCCGCGUGCAGAAGACAUUUAGAGCCCAAGGCCGUUUCCUUUCCUGCUGCGCCCCAGACCUAGGGCACUGGACAUGGCGCUAGCCUUCCCCCAGACCCAGGCCUGGGGCAGUCAAGUCCCCCAGUGAAGGGGGAGGGGUGCACUUUUUAAAAACCAGGUUUUGAGUCCAGCUCUUUAGGCCAAUGGCCAGCUUGUCACUUGGUUGGGGUACAGAUCUGUGGGUGCACCUCAGCAGGACUAGCCCCCCUCGAGGCUGCUGGGCCCCAGAGCC